AGGAUCCAGCGGGCUGUACUUCCCUCAGAGCGAGUACUCUGAGACAGUGUACGUGGGCCAGCCCGCGGGGACCCCCGUGCUGCAGGUGAUCUCCAUGCCGGACAACAGCAAUGAGCGCCCUCACUUCUACCUGUGCUUCUCGUCCACGGGAGCCCCCCCGUACCUCCGCUGGUUCCACCUGGACGUCCACACGGGCGUGCUCCACCUCAACAAGAGCCUGGAGGAGAGCGACUUCGCCCUGCUACUAGGGAUGGGCCGGUCGCAAACGAUUCGUUCACAACGAACGAAUCCCGAAGGUAAGAGACCGGUGACCGUGAAGAAGCUGCUGCUGACCGCCAUGGUGCUGAACCGCGCCUACUCCAGGACCCAGUGCGGGCGCCAGCACGCCCGCCUCUCCUUGACGUUCGUCAACGAAACCGUGCCCCCGUGCGGCGGCGACCACGGCCUGCAGCAGCUGUGCUUCCCGUCGCGGGCGCCCCCCACCCCGCACAUCAUGGAGAACCGGCUGGCCGGGCCGGUGCAGCAGCUCAGACGCCUGCCGCUGCUCAACGUGUGCCCCAGCUACAACGUCUCCUACAGCGUGGAGUCAGACGUCCCCGUGCCGUUCACGGUGAACGAGAGGACCAGCGAGCUGGUGGUGACGGCGCCGCUGGACCGGGACGAGGUCGAGCUGUACCGGUUGGUGCUGGUCUGCAGCGUGCUCACCGGCGAGACCCUCACCAAGUUCGAGACCUCGCUGGAGGUCAGCGUGUUCGACGAGGACGACAACGCGCCGUUCCUCAACGGGAACGACUCCGUAGAGGUGGUCGUCGAGUACAACCGCGACAAGGGCGCUCUGCUCGCCACCCACUCUGUCUUUGACCGAGACAUAACGCCCAAGUACCCCAAGGAACCGAGGCAGAACCGAUACGUGGGCACCAUGCAGACCAUCGACCAGUGGACCGACGAAACCUUCACCAUUACCAGCACCUUCAAGGAGGAUAAGUCUCUGUUCGGCAACAUCCGAGGGACCGUCUUUGAGUACACACUCGCCCUGAAGAGGAACCUGUACGUGACGGAGAACCGCACGGUGCAGGUGGACUACCUGGUCAACGACACCACCUACCCCGGGCCCGAGGGCUCAGUGUUGCUGCACUACGACAUCACCAUCCUGCCCGUCCCCAUCAGCUUCAACAACACCACCUACCAGUUCACCGUGAGCCGCCGGGCCUCCACCUACGCCCUGGUGGGCCGGGUGUGUGUGGAGAACUGCCUGCGGUUCCAGGGCAUCGGCGUGGCGUACCGGCUGGAGGUGGCCGACCGUAACGCGACGGCAGAGGUGCUGGCGUGCCACGCCGCCCUGGACGUCACCCAGAGCCUGCGGGACAUGACGGGGGUGCUGUACGUCAACGCCUCGGCGGCGCUCCGCAGGGCAGAGUGCCGGGACCUCCAGUACGUGGUGACGGCGCAGGAGGAGGGCGGCCCGCUGCAGGCCAGCACGCAGAUCCUCCUGGUGCUGGAGGGGGAAGCAGCCAGGGCGGGGCAGCAGGAGCAGCGGGCCCUCUCCUGUAGUGAGAGCAGACAGCGGCUCGACUGUGAGAUCACCAGCGGCCUCGGGGCCACCAACGGGAGGUGCCAAUGGAGACAAGGCACUGAGAAAGGAAUAUCAGAGUAUUAUUCCACCUGCUCCCCGGACCUCCGAACCUGUCCAGACGGCUUCUGCGAUGCGGUGGAAAGCAAAGACAUGUCGAUUUGUCCCCAAGAUUGUACAACAGAAGCAGUGAUCGGGGGUCACGUGAAAGGCCUGAUGUUCGGGAUCAAGGCCGGCUACGGGACAUGCUACUGCUUCGCAGAGCGGUGCUUCUGUGAGAAGGACGACAUUGAGGAGGCGAUAUGCGACGAGAUGUGCAAGACGGUCAUCGCCACCGCGGUGCUGCUGUCCUUCAUCGUCUCCAUCCUGCUGUCCUCCUACUUCGUCCACCGCUACAACAAGAGCUCCCCCAAGCCCCCCAUCGCGUCGGCCGAGAUGACCUUCCGCCGGCCCGCCCAGGCCUACCCCAUCAGCUACUCCGCUAACAACGUGCGGCGCGGCUCCCUGGACUCCAUGGAGAACCAAGUGGCCAUCGACAACUUCAAAAUACCCGAGGAUCCAAAGUGGGAGUUUCCUCGUAAAAAUCUGGUUCUUGGCAAGACCUUAGGGGAAGGGGAGUUUGGGAAGGUUGUCAAGGCAACGGCGUUCCGGCUGAAGGGGAAAGCUGGCUACACCACCGUGGCUGUGAAAAUGCUUAAAGACCACGCUUCACACAGCGAACUGCGUGACCUGCUGUCAGAAUUCACAUUGCUGAAGCAAGUCAACCACCCGCACGUGAUCAAGAUGUACGGAGCCUGUAGUCAGGACGGUCCCUUAUACCUGAUCGUGGAGUACGCCAAGUAUGGAUCCCUCCGCAACUUCCUGCGGGAAAGCCGCAAGGUGGGACCGAGCUACAUGAGCGGCGAGCGCAACUCCAGCUACCUGGAGAACCCUGAUGAGAGGGCUCUCACCAUGGGGGACCUCAUCUCCUUCGUCUGGCAGAUAUCCAGGGGCAUGCAGUAUCUGGCGGAAAUGAAGCUCGUUCACAGAGACCUCGCCGCCCGCAACGUCCUGGUAGCCGAGGGCCGCAAGAUGAAGAUCUCUGACUUUGGCCUCUCCAGAGAUGUCUACGAGGAAGACUCCUACGUGAAGAGGAGCAAGGGUCGUAUUCCGGUCAAAUGGAUGGCGAUAGAGUCCUUGUUCGAUCACAUCUACACAACACAAAGCGACGUCUGGUCUUUCGGGGUACUGUUGUGGGAAACUGUGACCCUGGGGGGCAACCCAUACCCGGGCAUUGCUCCCGAACGCCUCUUCAACCUCCUGAAGACAGGCUACCGAAUGGAGAAACCAGAAAACUGCUCGGAUGAAAUGUAUAAUCUCAUGCUCCGCUGCUGGAAGCAAGAAUCUGACAAGAGGCCCACUUUCAUAGAUAUCAGCAAAGAACUGGAAAAAAUGAUGGUGAAAAGUCGGGAUUACCUGGACCUGGCGGCGUCCACGCCGGCCGACGCCCUCCUGUACGACGACGCCCUCUCCGAAGAGGACACGCCUCUAGUGGACUGUAAUAACGCCCCCCCCCCUCGCGCCCUCCCCUCCACAUGGAUUGAGAACAAGCUCUAUGGCAUGUCAUACCCCAACUGGCCUGAGAAGAGCCCGGUACCACUCAACAGACAUGAUGCCACUAACCCUGUCUUUACAAGAUAUGCCAAUGAUAGUGUUUAUGCAAACUGGAUGGCUUUGCCUUCACCCGCAAAAAACGUGGACAAGCUCGAUAGCUAAGGAUAACCAUUGAGUAGACGAUCUUCCUAAUUCGUAGAUGUGUAUAUUUCUAUAAAAGAAAGGAAAAAGUGUACAUAUACAAUCUGAUUAUAAAGUUGGUUCCCUUUUUUUUUCUGUCGCACGGGUAGUCAAAGUUUAAAAACCAGAGUCUUUCUCGCUGCCAAAUAGCUGGAAGAAAUGAGAAAAUAAAACAUAGACCAUGCUUCUCGCAGUUCAUUGGUAUGUUAAUCAUUACCUCAAGGUCAUGUUGGCCAAACUGUAUCAUUGCAUGACUACUGUACCAGGUUGUAUGUCAAUGUUAAUGUCUUUCAAGUGCCUGUGCUGCUUCUACAAUAGCCUCUGAUUAUUAGUGUGUACAACUGUGAGGAUGUUGUUCCAAACCUGGAAUUAAAGGGGCCGUCUUUACCAUCACCUGUUGUAGGACUCUGGAAGCUGGACUAAAAGAGAACUGGGAACUUGUUUGGGCAAAUGUAAAGUUUCUACUAAAAGGGAAGAGGUUCAUUAAAAUGCUGACACCACUUUUGGGUUACCCCACAGGAUAUUUUGGACUAUACUUGCCAAAGACAAAUAAUACACCAAUGUUCAAUAAAAGUUAGACAUGUUGCUUGUUUUUCAUGUUGUUUUGUUACAUGAAAAAUAUCUAAAUGUAAGUACUGCUCCAAUACAAGGACAUGAUAUAUAAUCUUAACUGUGGCCAUGUUUUGGUACGACUUAUUUUCAGAUUCCUUUUAAUGGCAAUCAUUGUGCGAAAUGUAUGAUUAUGUAAAAUAAUGAGUUAUCAUCAUUAUGUUAUUUGAUUAUGUUGCAAAUAAACAUUACAAAUGUG